AUGGACCAGCAACUGAAGAAAAGACCAAGGAGAAGUUGCCGUAAAGACCUGGGUGGAAAGGCCCUCACUGAGACGAAGCCAAGCCAAGAACCUCAGGCAAAGAAAGAACCUGCUAAGUUGACGGGGGCCUUAUAUGAUGAAGGUGUAUACUGUGAGACUAACCCUCAGGUUGUUGAAGAGGAGUCUUUACCUGACUGUUACUUAGAAUACAUAAUAAGAGGUGAGUUUUCCGAACCCAUCCUGGAAGAGGACUUACUUCUUAAGUCCUUAGAAUGCCUGAGAGAAGAGUCAGAACAAGAGCUUGCUCAACAGGUUUUUGGAGACAAUUCACUUCUUGAAUGUUCUUCGGAAUACACAAAAAAAGGGGCAAAACAAGAGCUUCCUCGACAGAUUGUUGAAGAUAAUCCACCUGAGUAUUCUGAGUACAUGACCGGCAAGAAGCUUCCACCUGGAGGACUACCUGGCGUUGACCUAUCAGAUCCUGAACAGCUGGCAGAAUUUGCUAGAAAGAAGCCAAGAAAAAAUACAGAGGACAGUGAUCCACAAGCAAUUGCUUGUCCUCACAGUGGAUGCACAAGAAAGUUGAAGGGUAAACCCUCCCUGAAGAAGCAUCUCCUGGUUCAUGGUCCUCGGGGCUACGUUUGUGCAGAAUGUGGGAAAGCUUUCUACGAGAGUGCCAAGCUAAAACGACACUUCCUGGUUCACACCGGAGAGAAGCCCUUCCAGUGCACUUUUGAAGGGUGUGGAAAGCGCUUUUCUCUGGACUUCAAUCUGCGCACACAUGUACGAAUCCAUACUGGGGAGAAACGCUUUUUGUGCCCCUUUCGAGGCUGUAACAGGAGGUUCAUUCAGUCGAGCAACCUGAAAGCCCACAUCGCAACUCACGCGAAGCCCAAAAAGGACUAG